AUGAGUUCGCUAUCCAGGGCGACGGGGACAGCAGCUCACCCUCUCGAUCCAAACGCUGCGAAAUAUGUGCCCUAUACUCCCCGGCAGCGUGGUACACCAGCAGCGACGACAACGACUACAGUCCACCCAACAUCGCCCGGGCAAACCAACAUCAAUGCGACCACCAAACUACAAUUGAUGCACCUUAAGGCUGCAGCACAGAAUGUAGGGCUCGAUAGCAGUACCAUUGGCUGGGCGAUCCUCGAAAAGCUCCAGGAGGACGACGAGUGGGCUGAGAUUCUUACGACCGGCAAGGCUGGCCUGUUUCUCCCAUUGGAACCAGCAUCGUCGACAGACAAAAUCACCAGCGAAUUUAUAAGGGACCAUAUCUACUUCUCGUCCCACUCAGAAGUCGUAACGCUUUCGGGCUUGAGGGGCCAGCUGAAAGGCGAAACUCUCACGUUCAGGUCGUCUCUUUCGCCUACUUCAAGGCUUUUUGGUGAUUUGGUCAAUCCCAAUACACGUUCAGCGACAUUCACGAGGUUACCGCCCCUUCCCCACUUUACGAAUUCGUAUCCCAAGGUGCUGGUUCAAUCGCCACCGACAGUGCUACCACUUCCACCUCGCGCGACGCCCCCGACGAAACCUCCUCUACCACCUCGACCACGACCUUCGAACCCUAACAGUCGAAUCAUCGGCAAUCCGUUUGCUUCGCUAUUCGGAGCAUCACCGAAGGUCACGCCAGCACCUAUUCCACCAUCUCCACCGGCUUCACUCCUAAGCAUCGAGUCAAACUCGGACGCCCCCAUCGAAAUCACUAUCCAAACCACUUCUCACCAGCUAGUCUUUCCCGUCAUUUCGAAAGCGAUCAACAAGACUCUUAGAUCAGAGCUCCGCGAGAUGCUGUCGUCUGCGGGAGUGGAGGAUUGGGUCAUCGAUCGCGUGAGCGAGUUUACGAGCGGUUGGAUGCCGUUCGUCCGGAAGCCGCCUGGGAGUGCGACCAGGAAGACUCUGGAGAGCUUGAAGCAUCCAGAGAAGCAGGUGAAGGACAAGGAGUACGAGGUCAAUCCGUGCGAGGGGAACCCAGAUGCAGUGGCGGAUUGGGUGCAGGAAUUCUUCUCAACGCUGGAACAGGAUCUUAGAACUUCGUCUGCAUUGGUUAAGAAGAGUGCGUCGACGUCUUCGUUGCAUUCGCAAUCGGAUGCGGAUGACGAAAAGUCGGUCAAGGAGAAACAAGAAGAGCAGGAGGAGGAUUUAGAAACGAGGUUGAUGGAUGUCAUGGAGGCAGUGGAAAGGGCAAUAUCCGCUUUGUUUUACGAUCGCCUGUUUAUCCAAGCGCCGACCUCCGAGCCCAUUCCUCCGCCAUCCCCAGACGCUGUUCUUUCUUCUCGGAUAUCUUCGCUUAACAAACUAGACCUCAGUUUAGAGCACCUGGACGUCAUCGUCGACGAGGAGAUCAAGCCAGAGUUGAAUGCCGUGGUGAGAGCUUGCGGAGAUAUGCUUAGCCAACUAGAUUCGUGCAGGUGUCCAGCGGACAAAGCUGCGGUGAUGGUAGCCGCCCAUAAAGUCCUCGUCGACGGCUUAUCUCGCCUGCCGCCGAUACGAUUGAAACCAGCCUCUGAUGCCCAGUCUCAUUCGCCGCUGCCACCACCGAAGCCACUGGAGAAAAAGCCGUCGGAACCUCAGCUGGGCCAUAUCAAUAUGAUGAGGUCGACCUCUUCACAAUCGAUACCGAGGGAAGUGGAGGCCGGAUACGGCUAUGAAGACGAGAAAACUCCGACAGUUGCGUCCAUGACCAGGAUGUCCUCAACAGACAGUCGGAAUAUUCCUUCUCCAUUGCCGCUUUCGACGCCGCUUCCUGCAGAAUUUGCGUCCCAGGAGGAGAGGAGGCGUAGGUCUGAGUCGCCUCUUCCACCUUUGCCGCCCUCUCCCCCACCACCCACAAGAUCCGAGCCCGUUCUUGAAAAGGUGUCCGAGGCGCCAAAACCCAAACAGCCCUCUGAACCCACGCCUAUAUCGGGUGACACUCUCUUCCCACUCUUAAUCUUCUCCGUCGUCUGCUCCAACCCUCCGAACCUCUUUUCGAACCUCUACUUCGUCCAACGCUAUCGGGUGCCUUCGUCCACUCGUACGGGAGAAGAGAGCUAUUGCUUGAUCAACCUCAUGGCGGUUGCCGAAUUCUUGGUCAACGUGGACCUUGAAUCUCUGGGUCUGAGUGCAGAGGGUGCAGAAGGCGGGGGUAUUCUAGCUGGUACCCCAUCUUCGAGGAGGAGCUCCUUCUCACUUUCUUCAAGAAGCUCGACGCCUACGUCUCCCCACCAUCCUAUUCUCGCGCUCGGCAGUACGCACGGAGGACUAAGGAACAAGAUCGACCAGCAGGUGGACGCCAUCGCGGAUUCAGCGAACAAGGUGAUCAGUGGGGUCGUGGAUUCGUCGUUUGGUAUCUUGCGGGCGUUCCCGUUCCUCCCGGGACAGAAGGAGCAGGGGUUGGGAAAUCACUCGGUGGAAGGGGGACAUCAUGGUCAUGGUCCUUCAGGAGGGAGUUCGAGACCGACUACACCUGGCGCAGAGAAACCCCCUUCGAAACCAGUGUUUGGGAACCUGCUGCGGAGAGACGCUCCAAUGUCUACGUCCCCUACUUCCACUACGGGCCAAUAUCCGCCACUCUCGUCAUCGGUUCCAAAUCAAUCCACCCCUUCAGGAGGGUUCUCGUUGUCCUCGCUCACUUCGUCGAUUCCGAUAUCCAUUCCUAUACCAUCAAGAUCGAGGGCUUCGUCCAGUGUGGGAGGAGAGGAAGGACAGCAAUUGGUUAGCGUUUCAAGGCCUGCUUCUGUCAAGAGCAGGAGCUCUGUGAAGUCCAAGAGUUCGAUCAAGGGUUUGAAGGGGCUUAGGAUUCGGGUUGGCGGGAGUGCGGGGAGCAGCAGCGCCAGCUACACCGGUUCGGAUGAUUCGGAGGAUGACGACGAGGACAGUGGAAGCGGUUCUGACUCAGGGUCGGAGGAGGAUAACGAUAGUGAGGAGGAAGGAGAGGCUGAAGGAAGGGCUGGAGCGAUAUCGACCAAGCGCAGCACCGCUAGUUUCCAGAGCUUUGAGAGUAUGGUUAGGGCUGAGAAGGCGAAAGAGAGGGAGAGGAAGAAAAAGAAGCGGUCGAAGAACAAUGAAGACGCCGGUGUAGAUGAAAGUGGCCUGGCAACGGCCGUGCCUUCCACCAAUUCUCCUAGUGAGACCAACCGGCCCCCAAGGACGAGUCUUUCGGAUCGACUGGCCAGAGUUUCUUCGAAUCUCAAGGCUUCAGACCCGUCGCUUCUACUUCCUUCGGCGUCAACAGGGAGGUCGCCGAGUCCCAGUCAAAGUCCUGUUUCGUCGCGCUCACCAAGUCCUAUCCCGAGAUCUUUGUCUCCUCAACCAUGGUACCCUCCACGAGCUACUUCUCCUGGUCUGCAGCACCAACAUCCCGGUAUGCGAGCGCAAUCCCACCCCGACCCUCGAUCUCUACCCCCACCCCAACAUCAAGCACACCCUGUCCUUCGACUUGCACCUCCCAAUCCUUAUUUCCUUACAACACCUGCUUCCGAGUUGAGACUUUCAGAGGUCGGAGAGUUGUUGAGAGAGUACAGGAGACUUGUGGAGGGUGUUCGGAGUGUUGGUGGUUUCGUUGAGUAG